CUGAGUGGUGGUUCAGUUCAUGAGUGAGGGAAGAAUCAACAGUACAAUUGAAAAAGCAGACAGAAGAAGAAAGAGAGAUUCUUUCUCUCCUUCUCUCUUCCAUUUCUAAACUUCACAUUCUGCACUUUCUUUCGCUCAGUCAUGUUUCAACCACCCACACCCACUGCUUCCAAAAAGGAUAAAAUUGAGGUAGAAAGUUAUGAGACACAUUGUUGGUGGUGAUGAUUUUGCAACAGAGAAGAUAGAAAUAGUAAGAUUCCUUCAGGGCAUGUUUAUGCGGUAAUAUUUAGCUUUCUGCUCGUACAAAUGCACUAUCCAUCAAAGGGGCUUCUUCAGCAAUGAUGCAAGUGGAUUUGAAUGAAGAUACUGUCGAUGCAAAGGAAAUGCAGAAUGGAGAAAUUCUACUAGCACAAUCCAUCAUGCGAAACACCCAGGUUGCUUAUGCUAUUUUUAUUAACAUAAAGAAACUAGAAGAUGAACUACGCAAGUUAGGGGAACGAAUUAAGGAGCAUGAGAACAAAAUAAAUCACUUGAACUCUGAAAAAAGCAAAUAUGACGACUCCAUUCUUCAUUUGCAAGUUAUUAUUGGGAAAUCAGAGUCUUCAAGUAUGGCCACAGCUGGUAAUAUGGACAAUCCACACUCUACAAAUGACGAGGAAGUAAAUAAACAAAUAUUGCAACAUGAAAAAUCUGCAGCUGGUAUCUUGUGCGAGCUGAAGAUUCAUCAUGGAGCUCAGACUUCUCAUCUAACAUCGACAAAGGAUGUUGUGGGUGUUGUUGCUACAUUGGGAAAAGUUGAGGAUGACAAUCUUAGCAGACUUUUCUCAGAGUAUUUGGGAGUGGAGACUAUGCUGGCAAUUGUUUGUAAAACUUAUGAAGGGGUUCAAGCUAUUGAAAUGUAUGAUACAGAAGGCUGCAUAAACAAAAAUUAUGGACUUCAUGGGCUAGGUGCCUCUAUUGGAAGGGCUUUGGAUGGUCGAUUUCUAGUCAUAUGUCUUGAAUCUCUGAGGCCUUAUGCUGGUAAUCAUGUGGUUGAUGAUGCACAACGGAAGCUGGAUAUUUUAAACCCAAGAUUGCCUAAUGGGGAGUGCCCAGCUGGGUUUCUUGGCUUUGCAGUGAAUAUGAUUAAUAUAGACAGCUCAAACCUAUUUUUUGUAACUCCCAAUGGUUAUGGUCUCAGAGAAACUUUGUUUUAUAAUCUCUUUUCUCGUCUACAAGUAUAUAAGACAAGGGCUGAAAUGAUACAAGCACUUCCAUGCAUAAGUGAAGGAGCUCUUUCUUUGGAUGGAGGGAUAAUUAGGAGUUGUGGUGUAUUUACCUUGGGCAAUAGGGAAGAUAUUGAUGUAAGAUUCCCCCGACCAGAAAGAUCAAAAGAGCUUGAUAACCAUCACGGUGAAAUUGCCAGACAGUUGAUGGAAGUCAAACAGAAGAAAGAAAAUAUUAUGGGGGAUGUAAAAAGGGUGCAGGCGUUGUUGGACGAGGCAAGGCUCAAUUUCAACAAAACGAAGGGUGAUUAUCUUAAGUAUUUGGCGGAAAGUUCCUCAAAUGCAACUCAGGCUCAAACUGCUUCUGACAGAUUCGUAAGUAGAUGAUUGAUUGAAUUAAGGCUGACUGCAUACAACGAAGAAAAGAGGCUGUGCCGGGCAACCUGUUUUGUUCUUGAUCUUGUACCUAUACCCGUUUUGUAAUCUUGCUCUGGAAGGAGAAUGUUCCCAUUCUGGUUUCUAAAAUUGGAAGAUAAAAAUUUUGAAUAGUAAAACAAGAAGAUUGGUUUCUGAAGCUGGAGAUAGUUUAAGGCUUUAUUUUUGUGCGAGUUCUUGCGAAGAAAAUUCAGAUUAGCCAACACGACACUGCUAUGCCUAGUUUCCCUUCAAGACCAAAAAUACUUGCCAGGACAACCUCUUCUUGGUUCCUUCUAUACUCAUUGUACUCCAUUAUUGACUGUUGAUUACAGGCUCUGAACAUUAUACAUCUACCCUUUUAGUUUUUAAGAAAUCAUUUAACUGUAGCUCUUCGUUUUUCAUU